AUGCCGAUUGUGGUUGGAUCGUCAUCAUACAGAAAGGAUGCUCUUCUACCACAGCAGUAUCUUUCACCACCCAGAGAAGAUGAGCAUAGGACCAUGGUAGGGUGCAACAACGGUGGUAUGCUCAAUGUGAUUGAGUGGCAUCAUAUGGAUUUGUCGCUCUUCUAUCCUGCUGCACUGGGAAGCACUUGGACGGUACGCACAUGUCUAUAUCCACUCACUGUACUUAGAAGUCGCCUCCAGCUUCAGAAGCAGCAUACCGUAUACAGAAGUACUUGGAAUGCAUUUACUAGUAUAUUCAAACAAGAAGGCAUUCCUGGACUUUUCAGAGGUUUCUGGGUGACGAUUCCUCAAGUCGGUACAUCAUUUAUUUAUGCGACUGUCUAUGAGAAACUGCGUGCUGUGCUUCUGAAUGACUAUGAUGUACGAUCCGCUGCUGGAAUAUCCAGCAUAUCUGGAGGAGCCGCGAGCUUCGCCUCUCAGAUAAUCUUUGUUCCUACCGACAUUAUUGCUCAGUAUAUGAUGAUAUACUAUAGAGCCGAAAAAUUUAUUUCUGGCCACGACAAAGCAAUUAUCAGUUAUGUUAUGGACGAAAAGAACUCUCGUCUUACACUAGGAAUGAAGUUUCUUAAGGCCAUUUACAAAGUCGAUGGGCUGAAAGGAUUCUAUCGAGGAUUUUGGGCAUCGUCCUUCGUUUAUGUUCCUUAUUGUCUUGUUUUCUGGCCAACAUACUAUUGGGCUCAGGAUUUCUGCAAAUGGAUGCGCCCUCAAUGUACUGAAGAUUCCAGUCUUCUUUUAUUAGACCAAGCAGUGGCGGCUUUUAUUGGUGGGAUCUGUUCAACUAUAAGUACCAACCCUAUGGAAAUGUUCCGCAUAAGAGUUCAAGUUCAUCGAUCAACAUAUAAAGAAACACUAAGCCGUAUGCUCAAGGACGAGAAAUUGUUGAGCAAUUCAAUAUACACAUGUGUGGUCAUGGUUGGAUACGAAAUCGUGAAGCGCUUGUGCGUUCUUCCCGAAUACAAAGACAGAGAGAGACUGCUCGUCAUCCAGUGGGAACACUUAGAUCUCUGGCGUUUUUAUCCGCUUGCGUUAGCCAGCUCAUGGUCAAUACGAUGCGUUCUUUACCCGAUGUCUGUUGUGAAGAGUCGACUACAGCUACAACGUCAGAAUAACGUGUAUCGGGGCAUGCGACAUGCCUUCACGGAAAUCUUAAAGGUCGAAGGAGUUGGAGCCUUUUACCGAGGGUUUUGGAUGACACUACCGCAACUAUCGGCUUCUUUUCUGUAUUCUUCAACCUAUGAACGAGUUCGCGAUCUUUUACAAGUUCAUAUUGGUAUCAGGAAUCCUUCACUUGUAUCAGCUUUAGCUGGUGCAAUAGCUUCGCCUUGCGCGCAGUUAGUUUUUGUUCCAACGGAUAUUGUUGCUCAACAUAUGAUGGUUCAUAACAAUCCUGAAGCAUUCGGAGGCAGUAGAAAGAAUAUUGCUGUCGCAAAUACUGUUCGAAAUGAUGGGCUGGAAGGCCGAUGGACGUUAGGACUGAGAGUUGUUCGUGCUGUUUACAAGGUAGACGGCUUGUCUGGUUUCUACCGGGGUUUCUUUUCUGCUGUGAUGUUGUAUAUUCCGUCUACUAUGGUAUUCUGGUCAACAUAUUACCAUGCGUUAGGAAUUUUCCGACGAAUUCGGGCAAAGGUCACGGAAAUUCAGAAAGGAGUAAGACCAAAAACAGCUGCAGAUGUUGAUAAUCGGAAUUUCUUUGUAGACCAGGCGAUAUCAGGGUCGAUAGCGGGAAUUGCUUCAGCUUGCUCCACGAACCCUUUAGAAAUGCUUCGCAUACGACUCCAGGUUCAUCGCACGAAUUACACGGAAACGAUUCGGCGAUUAUGGAAAUAUGAAAAGUCCCAGAUUUUUACGAAGGGGUUAGCGCCACGUGUUGUCAGCAAUGCGCUUUAUUCGAGCUUAGUAAUGGUUGCAUACGAAACUGUGAAAAAGCUCUGCGUACUGCCCGAGUACCAAGAACACGUUGUUUGGUAA